AUGCCUCCAAAACUCCUCUUCCUCCACGGCGCUGGCACCAACGCCGCCAUCUUCCGCAUACAAUCGCGCAACCUCGCGGCGCUGCUCAAGCCGCAUUUCGAGCUGGUCUACCUCGACGGCUUCCUCCCAUCACCCCCGGGCCCGGGCGUUCUCCCCUUCUUCGAGGGCUGCGGCCCCUAUCUGAAAUGGCUCUGCGACGAGCACGUGCGCGACGAGGCGCUGCACUGGCAGUGCACAGACGGCGUCGACCGGCUCGUGGCCGAGUACCGCCGCCUCGGGCCCUUCGUGGGCGUGGUUGGGUUCUCUCAGGGCGCUAAGGCGGCGAUGUACCUUAUUCGAAGGUUGGAGGAGUUGAAUGAGGCGGGUGAGCUGAGGAUAUUUGUGGCGGUUUGUGGGACGGCGCCGUUUGAAGGGGGGGGACAGGUUGAUGGGCAGGAGGAGGAGAAUGGGAUUAGAAAGGAGGGUUUCAAGGAAAGUUUGGAGAAGGGAUUGGUCAAGACGGAGAGUGUUCAUGUUAUUGGGGACAAUGAUCCGUGGAGGGUGCCAUCGGAGACGUUGGUGAGGUUUUUUGAGGGGCCUAAAAGGGUGGUGAGAUUCAAGGGCGCGCAUCAUAUGCCUGUGGAAGAGGAAGUCAAUAAGCUUGUGGUGGAUUCGAUUUUGGCAGCUUAUGCCGAUACGUGA